CCUUUCCACAUCCUUCUCAUGGUAAAAUAGGCUCUAACUGCAUUUAAAAAACCGUGAUGUCAGGACGUGGAAAGCAGGGAGGCAAAGCUCGCGCCAAGGCCAAGUCGCGUUCGUCCCGCGCAGGCCUGCAGUUCCCGGUGGGGCGUGUGCACCGGCUGCUGCGCAAAGGCAACUACGCCGAGCGGGUGGGAGCCGGCGCGCCCGUGUACAUGGCGGCCGUGCUGGAGUACCUGACCGCGGAGAUCCUGGAGCUGGCGGGUAACGCCGCCCGAGACAACAAGAAGACGCGCAUCAUCCCUCGCCAUUUGCAACUAGCUGUGAGAAAUGACGAAGAACUCAACAAGUUACUUGGGGGUGUUACCAUUGCCCAGGGCGGCGUCUUGCCAAAUAUCCAGGCUGUCUUGUUGCCCAAGAAAACAGAGGGUCACAAGCCUGGAAAGAACAAAUGAUCAAAUUAAGGCUUGACACCACUAGCCCCACUCACACCCCAACGGCUCUUUUAAGAGCCAACACAGUAUCAAAUGGAGGGCUGACCACAAAAUAGCGCAUUAGCUCUUUCUUUUGAAAGCUUGGGUGGCUCUAAAAAGAGCCUUUGGUCUUUGGUUUACUUUGUCAG